UGAUCUUUGCCUUUUACCUGUUUUGACAGCUUGAACGCGUCCGACAAGGACAUCCUUGUCAAAUGUACAGCUGUAGUUCAGCUGAUGUCUGACGUAGGGUGGUGGCGUUUAUGGUGAAAGAAGAAAGAAAACAAAUGUGUUGUUUAUAGACUUAUGGACAAUACAUUUGUCUAUUUUUUUCUCCCCUACAGUUUAUAUAGCUUUAUAUAAAUUAAGUGGACUUAUACAAUGAAAGGUACAGGUAAAUAAAAAUAUAAACCUUUGUCCUUAUUAAUGUGUUUAUGACGUAAUAAGUGGAAUGGUGCAAACAAAGGGACGGUAUUAAGCUAACAAAAUUGUGUUGCGUAUACUUAGUAGUGGAGAGCGGGAAGGAAGAAAACAAAAAUAAGUCUGGCCUCAAAUAGUGAUUCAUCCGGGGACGACGGUGGAGAACCGCCUCGUAAAAAAACCCGAAGAGACAUUUAUAACGUAGGUGACAGCACGACAAUGCAAGCUAGUAACGGAUACAUGCAAAACGGAACACCUUCCGGAAACAGAACUUCUGAAAAUGGUCACGAAGAUAAUAUAAAUGGACCACCACUACAGUUGUCGCAAACCAAUCAAGAUAUUGUGAGGCUUAUUGGACAGUAUCUCCGAAAUGAAGGCUUAACUAGAACGGCGGACUCUUUAAUGGCAGAAUCAGGAUGUCGAUUGGAUCAUCCAGCUGCUGCAAAAUUUCGUCAGCACGUGAUGGACGGAGAUUGGACAAAGGCUGAUCAUGAUUUACAAGAAUUAAACUCUUUAAUAGGAUCUUCACAUAACUUGAUGGAAAUGAAAUUUCUUUUGUUGGAGCAAAAAUAUUUGGAAUAUCUGGAAGAUGCAAGAGUACUAGAUGCUCUACAUGUGUUGCGAAAUGAACUAACACCAUUACAGCACAAUACUUCAAGAGUACAUCAACUGUCCGGUUAUAUGAUGUGUUCAAACACGCAAGAAUUGCAUGAACGCACGAAUUGGGAUGGAAAAGGUCUGAAAUCUCGAACAAACUUAAUGGAAAAAUUACAGUCCUACUUACCUCCAAGUGUGAUGUUACCACCUAGCCGCUUACAUACAUUGCUCAACCAAGCUCUCGAAUUACAGACCUCACGUUGUAGUCAUCACAAUACAGCCCAAGUGAUUACGUUAGACAACGCUUCCCUUUUAGUGGAUCACUGCUGCGCAAGGGAUACAUUUCCAACACAUACUAUACAGAUAUUAAAUGAUCAUUGUGAUGAAGUUUGGUUUUGCCAGUUUUCUCCAGAUGGCACCAAACUUGCUACGGGUUCAAAGGACACUAAUGUAAUCAUUUGGGACGUUAAUCCAGAAACAUGUACACUUUCUUUAAAGAAAAUUCUAGAAGGACACAAUUACGGUGCUUCGUAUAUUUCAUGGAGUCCCGACUCGAUUCAUUUAAUUGCAUGUGGACCAGAAGAAAGUCCUGAAGUUUGGUUGUGGAAUAUAGACACCGAAAAGUUUUUAAAAGUUUCACAAUCACCUGAAGACGCUUUGGCAUGCUGUGCAUGGCACAAGGACGGAACAAAAUUUGUGGUGGGUGGCAUUAGAGGUCAUUUUUAUCAGUGUGAUAUGGAAGGAAAUGUAAUGGACUCUUGGGAAGGUGUUCGUGUAAAUGGUUUAUGGUGUAGGAAAGAUGGUAAAACUGUCAUAGCUUCUGAUACACAUCAUCGUAUUCGUGGUUAUGUUUUUGAAGAGCUGUCAGACCAUCAAAUAUUACAAGAAGAUCAUGCCAUUAUGUCAUUCACUGUUGAUACGAAUGACAAACUUGCACUUUUAAACGUUGCCACACAAGGUGUUCAUUUAUGGGAUUUGAAUGACAAAUGUUUACUUAGAAGAUAUCAGGGAGUCACUCAGGGUCAUUUUACAAUACACUCAACUUUUGGUGGAGCAAAUCAAGACUUUAUUGCUAGUGGAAGUGAAGAUAAUCAGGUUUACAUUUGGCAUAUAAGAAACGAACAACCAAUUGCAGUUUUGACAGGUCAUACAAGAACAGUAAACUGUGUAGCAUGGAAUCCUGUUUACCCACAAAUAUUGGUUUCAGUGUCUGACGAUUGUACAGUCAGAGUGUGGGGGCCAAAGGAUAAGGUGCCUAAACCAUUAGUGUCUUCAACAAGUAGUGAUUCAAGUAGUAACAACACAUGGAAUGAUAUGAUUUCAUAGUAUAAUCCACUAUCGAAGAAAACAUUUCAUUUUACGUGAAAUAUAACAAGUGCAGACAACAAUCUUGUGUAUUUGGGAAUGCGUGCUACUGAGUGUAAUUCAUGGUAAAGAGAAGCUUUUAUAUUUAGGUUUAUUAAUAGAGUUACUAUUACGUACUAAUUAAUAAACAGUUGUUCAAUUAGAAUGUAAGGAAAUAAAAAAAGUAUGUAUGCGA